UUGAGACAACCCAUGCUCCAAGUUGCUCUGUACCGCGAAGCAGCUGGACUAUUUAUUUCGCAAAAUUCUGCACACUUUUCCGAAAACACAUUUUCAUAAGAUUCCAAACUACUUGCAAUUUUACAAUACUUAUAAACCUUUACCCUGUUGGUCGUUAUUGUCUGUAUUUCAUCAUUUCGAGUUCUUAUAAACAAAGGAGGUACUACUAAUAUUUCAUGAAAAGUGAAAGGUUGAUGGUAUGAAAUUAAUUUCAAUCAUUUUGUGACAUUUAAUUAACAGAUUUUAUUAUUAGAUCAAUUUCCUAGGGAUGAUUUAGUCUAAAUAGUUUAUAAAUCUCGCAAUUUGUCCACACUUCUGUUUCCUCCAGGCCACAUUCCCGCCCCUCUGACGACACGAUGUCGUCGUCGCCAUGCUGCAAAGUGUGUCGCAAUGCAAUCUCGUUAAAGUCGCGGUCGUCGUCGUCAAGUUCGCCGUUUAAACGAACAUCUGCGGAUUGGAAUCAACUUUCUUUCUUGAUCGGGACACGGCUCCUGGCCCCAUUUUGUGCGACCUGUACCGGCCAACUGUCCCACCUCCUCGGCCUUAUCAAAAAGUAUAACAUAAUCGAGAACGAGUUGAAAAGAGGGAUCGUCAAGUUUAAGAAAAAGCCGGGUCUCGCCGCUAAGCUCGAGUCAAAUCAGGCACCCAAAAAACCUAAAAUUAUACCAAAACGACCUCGCGUCCGUAAAACGAUUGCCGCAUUAAAACCCGAGCCACCCACAAGCAUGGAGACCGAGAUGGAACAAAUUGAUAAGGACGACGACCAAGAUAACACCAAUAUUCCCAAAAAACCUUCACAAAGUGUCGCGAAACUGCCCCCACUUAUCCUCGACCGCAGGUUCUACAUGGACACUGAAUACGCCCCGAUCAACAACACCUUGACCUGCUUAAGGUGCGGGUGGUGCACGAAUUCAGUGGCGGAGGCGACGAAGGCCUUCGAUAUCUGCACCCACAUCAAGACUGAGCACAAACACAAUUAUCGCUGUCCCCACUGUGACAGGAAAUUCGCAAGCUUCCAGCUACGAAAAAAGCAUCUCGAAAACAUCUGCUUAUCUGUCGUCCCAUGCGAAAUCUGUGAAAAACCCGUCCCCCCGCAGAAACUUCGGGAGCACACGUGGUCUCACAAAUCCUGCGAGGAAAUGGACGCUGCUCUCAAUGCAAACUGUGAAACGGCCUUUAUCACAUGUUUAAAAUGCGGAAAACUUUACGACGGCGUGACCAAAUUGAUGCAACAUCAGCGCGCCUGCAACGUCAACUGGCACGACGAGCUGGACAUUAUUCCCGCGGCCGCGACUUCAGCGGUGACGUGUGCCAUGUGCGGUCGUCCUUUGAUCAGCGAAGCAUUACUUCCCCGGCACGAGUGGUCACAUUUGAACAGUCUGGAAAAACGCGUCGCAAUUCGAGGGGGACAAAUGCCGAAAUUUCGACCGUGUAAGAUCCUUCUGGAAAAUGGGGAAGUUAGUGAGAUGCAAAUUAGAAAGUGGAUGGCGGAACAGGAAUUUCGAAUUAGUUAAGGUUCAAAUUUAGUGUGAAAAAAUGCAUGAUGCAUAAAUUCCAAUUCUUAAAAAUAAUGUUACUCUUGUGAACGCAGCAUAAAUUUUGUGUCGGUAAACUGUACUUUAUUUUUAUAGAAUUAAAUAUGAAUGAAAUUACUCGA